AUUCCAUUCGGCUCCGAUACCCCCCCAAUAUCAACGCAGUGGAAUGAAUCGAAAUUUUUUACGGAAAACUAGCUGGAAGAUGAAUGAAGGAUUUUUUGUUACUCAGCCAUAGAUAACCAACUCAAUAUAUUUGAUGGGGUUCGGACAUUUUUCAGUCAAAGCCGCCAGUUGUGCCGGUUCAUUUCACAGGUUUGCUGUCCUAAUCUGAAGAAGGGCCUGCUAUUAUAAAGAUCAAUUCUAAAGUUGAGGACCAGGAUGGAUGAAGCUAACCUGAAUGAUUAUAUGAUACAGCUGGAGCAGGUGAACGCUGCCUUGGCAGCCGCACCAGACAAUGAGGAGCUGCGAGAACUCGCCUCCAGUCUGACUGAGCUGAUUGGUCUGACACAGCUGCAGCACAGCAGCUCUCACCAGACAAGCUCUGUGGAACCGACCUCUGAACAGGGUCUGACUGCCAAUGCCAGGGGAGGGCAGGCGACCUCUUUACAAAACAGUGGACCUGCUCCAACAGAGCCAUCAAGAAGCCUUGAUGAUGAAAUGGCACUAUUCAAGAUGGAGAUUGAGGCGGUGGAGCGGGGGCAGCAGACCGAGCACUCUCCGACCGAGAGCUCGGCAGCCGGAGACGAUGGGCCGUCGCCACCGCCGCCUGGUGGCAGCGCCGAGAACCUCAGUCUGAGGCAGCAGCAGCAGCGGCAUACUGCUGAGCUAAAGUCGAGUCUGGAGCCCAUGGUCGGGACGAGGUGUUCGGCUCCGUUCACACAGUCGUGGGGCCAGCUGGAGUACCACGCCGCCGUCAUCGAGGCUGUGGAUGACGCCAGUCUGGAGAGCGCCACCACUCCGCAGGAUGUAAUGCUGCGCGUUCUGUUCAGCCACCCGACCCAGAGGGUGAUGCAGCCGUGCCGGUACUACCUGCGCCAUACGUGUAGCUACGGAGACGAGUGCCGCUUCUCUCACGGUCACCUCGUGUCCGUGGCGGACAUCAGGGAAUACAGCGACUCGGCGUCAGAGCUCACCGCCGGCAGUGCGGUGCUGGUGCCGCGUGACUCCGACUCGGGCCUGUGGCAGCGCGCUGUGGUGCAGCUGGUGCACACAGACACGGAGGAGGCCACCGUGCGGCCCACCGGGCACCGGCACACACAACGCGUGCCGCUGUCACAGCUGGUACCGCUGGCGGCGGCGGACGGAGCCGUGACGGGAGAUGGCUCUGGCGCCUCCAGCUCCGACAGUGAGACAGAAAACGAGCCCGGACGGGAACCGGAACCAGAUCCGGAGCCGGACCCUGAGCAGGUCGAGUUCUGCCCUCGACUGACCUGGAACGGCACACUGGGCUCCACCAGCCAGCUCGGCGCCUGGGAAAAGCACACAAAGGGUAUCGGCUCCCGGCUGCUGCAGCAGAUGGGUUACGUUGUCGGUACGGGCCUGGGGCCGCAGGCGGACGGUCGGGUGGAGCCAGUCGAGGCGCGGGUCUACCCUGCCGGCAGGUCGCUGGACCACUGCAUGGCGCUGCGUGAGGGCUCAGCGGCCGCCGGUCAGUCAUGUCUCCUCACAGUCGAGAAGAGACUGGAGCGCGAUCAGCGACGACAGCAGAAGAUCGGCGAGAGAGCCUACGAGCGCAGCAAAACGCAGAACGCCAUGUUUGACGUCAUUAACCGGGUGAUGGGCGCAGAGGAAGAUGGUGAGGACGACCGGCCGCCGCGGCCCGCCCCGGUGAAGUCCGCCUCCCGGGCCGAGCUGAACCUGCGUGACCUGAAGGUCGGGGAGCAGAUCCGAGCUGCCGAGCGCCAGGUGGCCCGGUUAGAGGCCGGGUGUCGGAGGAACAGCGCCGGAGCCACGGGGGCCGACCUGCGGUCCCGGCUGGCCGACCAGAAGGCGCACCUGGGUAGGUUACGGGCCCAGGAGGCCAGUAUUCAUGCGGAGAAGAGGGAGCGGACGACCAGUAAACGGUUAGAUGUGUUCUGAUGGAGGUGGGGUUAGACACGGCUGGGUCCGGCUGGGUGGGGAUACGGGUGAGGGAUGGUUGUUGUUGGAGGCAUCGAACAUCCUUUCUGGGCUGCACAUUCGCCCUCCAUUGUGAUAUGAUGUGGUUUGAACUAGAUUGUAUGCGUAACAUAACGAAUCAUUCUGUUAAGUUACAUUUAUGUAACUGACACAGUGAGAACAGGGCUGAAAUUGUCCUGUUCUUUUUAGUUUUCACCACGUCGUGUAGAUCACCACGUGUAGACCGUUGAUGUUGUUACCAUGCGCUGAUACGCAAAUACCCGUGGGAUUUUGCAAGCUCCAUGGUCUUACGAGUGCUGCCUGUAUUCUUCCUAAUGAAAACGAGGAAGGACGGAAGAACUGGAUUCUUCUUUCAUCAUUGGUGUUUAUAUUGCUUUUAUAUUCGACCUCCUAUUGAACGUUCGCCAUUGUAUAAAACGACCAUUAUCUACUCCGCCUGUUGUUUUGCUUUUGCUCGUCUGGGUGUGUGAGGGAAGAAUAUCUUCGUGUAAAAACUAUGCAUGCAGUAGGAUUGUUCAAGUCAGACGUACCACUGUCAAUCGCCGCUCAGUUGUGUAUUUAUUGUCAUGUGAGAAAAAUAUGCGACGAAAACAAGGAA